GCGCUCGACGUCACUCGUCGCAUCCUCUCGACAUGUCAGGACAUCCCAUCGGCGCAUAAACGGAGCACGAGACGCGACUCCGAUCGACGCGAAUCACGCGUGCACUUGCCAGAGAGAGACGGAGCGAGAGGAUGAGGGAGAGGGGUGCAGGAGCAGCGCAGGAACGGAGACUCCGCUUCCCGUCCUUCGGCGACGUUAUCGUAUGGUAGUCGCGCGUGGCGGAAGCUCUCUCUCUCUCUCUGUCACACGUAGAUAAUACGCGAUGUACACGCGUACUUCGCUUCGUUGUCCCUCGGCCUUCUCGACAAGGUUACCGCGUCGCGUUGUUGUUGUCGUCCCUUCCCCCGCGCACUCGGAAUUCCAUCGCGGUGUGAGACGUAAGCGCGAAACGACGUCCCCGGCGAAUUAAUCCGCUCGAUCAACGAUCGGGAUGAGCGACAGACACUUUCGCGAGACGCGACGUUGCACUUUCGCAUCUCAACGAAUCUGGUGAGUUGCAAACUUCAAACGGUUGCCUGCAGUUGCCACACAUGCGUCACGUGACGUACUUGACUUUGGCGAAUUUCAAGAAGGACGCGCGCCUUUCGUGCAGUCUCGAAUCUUCGCGAACGUUGCGCGGAAUCCGCGAGUGCGUGUCUUUAAUAACUCCGAUUUCGUCUCUCUAAGGACAUUCGCGCGCGAGUGAGGAUAUUUCGCGUAAGACGUUGAAUAUUCCCAUUGUUUCCGCGAAUGCGUCGAGAAUAGAAACACUCGCUCGCGUCACUUGUGCGCGAAGGAAUCGUCGGGCAGGGAAAAAUCGACGAUACAUCCGCGAGUUUUCGAUCCCGAGAAACGAGAGAGAGAGAAAUAGAGAGAGAGAGAGAAGAGAAAUAAAUCUCCACUUUGAUUUCGACUCGCGAGACGCAACGCGAAGUGAGGCGCGACGCGAAGUGUGGAGCUCACGCGGGGGAGAAGGAGGCAAGCAAUCAGCGGAGUGGGGGUAGGCGUCGCGUGACGCGCGCAAAAAUUUCGACUCGCCGCUCCCUCUCUCGUUCCGGACGACCUUCAUACCGCGACGAGUCGUUGGACCGCGAGUGUCGCAUUUUCUUGCCCGGAAAGGUAAACCGCGUCUCGUAAUUGAUCGAAUCUCGCGGAGUGAAUAUCGAGGACUUCGUGCUCGCGAGUGAUUCAGUGCCAUGGGACAUACAUCCAGCCGGGCCUCGGCGAUCGUCGUACGUGCUCCUUGAGGAUUUCGCGGACACCUGUGGACACUUGACGAGUUGCCAUGGCGACCAGCCAUUCUUCUGCGAUCCAUGGAGCCGACGAAAGACGAUGCCAAGGAUCGAUCGUGGAUCGUCGUUGCUGAUGCUACAUCCCUAGAUGAAUCACCGUGAUCUAUGAGCUUACAAAGUACGCGAGUGGCAUCGAGUCAAUUGAAUUAUGUACAAGAUACUACGUCGCGGCUCCGGCCGCGUGUUCGUCCUCGGCGUGGUGGUGCUGUCGCUCCUGUUGUGCCUGUACUACGUCAGCCAGGUCCAGGCUCCGCCGUCAUCGUCGUCGUCGUCGUCGUCGUCGGGUCAUCCCGCCGCCGCCGCCGCCGCCAUCCUAAACGAGGAGCUCAGAUACGACCGCAGCAGCCUGACCUCCAUUACCCCGGAUUAUAGCGAGUCACCGGACGCCCGAGUGUCGCUCGCCACCUGUCCCGUAAUCGUCCCACGAAACGCAGACAUCGACGCCCAGCAGGAGUUUAGCAAGUUUGACUUUCAACCCUCAUGGAUGCGGAGUCGAGAAUAUUGGGACGACAGCUUCGAAGCGCGUUUCGCCGAACUGCGAAAAGAUCCAACGAGGCCGCCCUUGAAGGUUAUCCUUGUGCCUCACAGUCAUACGGAUCCGGGAUGGCUGAAGACGUUUGAACAGUACUUCCACAGCUCCACGCGGAGCAUCCUAAACAAUAUGGUCUCGAAGCUGCAGCAGUGGCCAAACAUGACCUUUAUCUGGAGCGAAGUCUCGUUCUUAUCGCUAUGGUGGGACAGUGCCCAUCCGACGAAGAAGAUGGUCGUGAAAAGAUUAGUUAAGGACGGUCGACUGGAAAUGACCACCGGUGGCUGGGUCAUGACCGACGAAGCGACGUGCCACAUUUACGCCAUGUUGGAUCAACUCAUUGAAGGUCAUCAGUGGCUGAAAACGAACCUCGACGUGGUUCCCGAAUCGGGUUGGUCCGUCGAUCCGUUCGGCCACGGUAGCACCAUACCCUACUUCCUGAGAGCCUCAGGUGCGUCCGGCACGGUGAUCCAGAGGAUACACUACGCGUGGAAGCAAUGGUUCGCCAAGAAGCAGUACGGUGACUUUAUCUGGCGGCAGCCGUGGGAUCGCAUCGGUUCCGCUGACAUGCUCACCCACAAUCAGCCGUUCGACAUCUACAACAUCAAGCAUUCGUGCGGUCCGCAUCCGCACGUCUGUCUCAACUUUGAUUUCCGCAAGAUACGAGGCGAAUAUACCGAGUACUCGGUACGCGCUGUCGAGAUUACGCCCAAUAACGUCAAGCAGAUGGCCGAGCUUCUGUUGGAACAAUACGCGAGAACCGGCUCGCUCUUCACUCACAAUGUCGUCCUAAUGCCGUUAGGCGAUGAUUUCAGAUAUGAUCACGCGAUCGAGUGGGAUCAACAGUACACUAAUUAUAAGAUCCUGAUGGAUUAUAUAAAUAGCCGCAAAGACGAAUACAAUGCCGAAGUGGUAUUCGGCACGCCGAAGGAUUAUUUCCACGAGAUACAGAAACGUGUGGAUAAGUUUCCGUCGUUGACGGGUGACUUCUUCGUCUAUUCAGACAUUUUCAGUGAAGGUAGACCGGCCUAUUGGAGCGGCUACUUUACUACCAGACCGUACAUGAAGAUUCUGGACCGCGAACUCGAGGCGAAUCUCAGAUCAGCCGAGAUUCUCUAUACAAUCACGCUUAAUCUCGCUAAGCAAUCCGGCAAAGAUAUAAAACUUUACGAGACGUAUUUUGAGAAGCUGGUGAAGGCCAGGCGCAAUCUAGGUCUGUUUCAGCAUCACGAUGCGAUUACCGGCACUUCCAAAUCUUUCGUGAUGAAGGAUUAUGCGUUGAAGCUCUUCGAGUCAAUCUCGGAUACUACGAGUUUGCAAAGUUUUGCCAUUCAAUCGCUGGCGGCUGUCACUAAUGGCAAGUCGAAUUCUGUUUAUGUACUAGCUGAGUCAGACAGAGACAGCUACGAGAAGCUGCCAAAGAAGAUACCGAUUGGCUUGAACGGUCACGAGACUAGAAAGAUCGUUCUCUUUAAUCCACUGGCGCAGCCCAGACAGGAAGUGAUUAGUCUCAAGGUUACUUCGUACAAGAUCAAGGUGCUGGACCCACAGAGAAAUCCCAUACCUUACCAGAUUGCACCGGUGAUGAAUGCUACGAAUAUCAUGCAUGACGUGUAUGUAUUGCUCUUCGUAGCCGAGCUAAAACCUCUAUCGAUCGCCACAUACCACUUGCAACAGGUCGAUAAGGUACCAAUGGAAGCUAUCUCAACGGUAUAUUGCAGCCGUUGCGGUAAAGACAAUGUCUUUCCUAUCAAACCGAUGCAGGUGGGCGAUGUGCAGCUGGAAAAUCAGCGAAUGAAAUUACUAUUUGACGGACAAACAGGCUUUCUAAAAAGAGUCACCAAGAAAUCCACCGGUAAGAUUAUGCAGUGUGCCGUGCAAUUCGCCGCAUACCCGUCAGCGCAAUUCCAUAGCGGCGCAUAUCUCUUUAUGCCGGAUCCAAAUCUCCGAGACACUGACAAGGAUGUCCUCGAAACAUACACGCCACAUCAAAAAAUCUACAUCGUCAGUGGCAGCCUCAGUUCUCGUCUCACUGUCGAGUAUGGCAAAUUACUAACGCAUCAUGUAGCUAUCUAUCAUCGCGACGGUGGCCUCGGCGAAGCCAUUUACGUGCGUAACAUCGUGGACUUUGAGACACCGCCUAAGAAUCGUGAGACAGAGAUGUUUAUGCGGCUACAAACUGACAUCUCCAAUGGCGAUCCACCAGAGUUUUACACCGAUCUGAAUGGCCACCAGAUGAUUAAGCGCACCAAAAUUGAACGCAUCGGUAUUGAAGGCAAUUAUUUUCCUAUCACAACUAUGGCUUACAUCGAGGAUUCGAAUCACCGAUUGACACUGUUGGUGAAUCACUGUCAGGGCGCGGCCAGCUACCAACCCGGCUGGUUAGAAGUGAUGCUUGACCGUAGAACUUUGUAUGACGACUCGCGAGGUAUGGGCGAAGGUUUGCUGGACAAUCGACGAACCGUCAUUAAACACUGGCUACUUCUCGAGGACAUCAGCGGCGAAAAAGACAAGUACUCGAGGCCGUCGUUAUUCGCCAAUCAUCUGAGCAACGCUCUCAAUUACCCAGUCAACAUCUUUGUCGUGGAUGGUAGCGAGCAAGAAGUCACCAUGGUGCCAGAGGUGCGACUGCUAAGCCAGAGCUUCCCAUGCGAUCUCCAUCUGCUCAAUUUGCGCACCAAUCAUGAUCAGAAAUUACCGCAUUUCCCGGUAAAUAGCGCUCUCAUGGUGUUACAUCGGCAGGGCUAUAGUUGCUCUGUAGGAGUUGACGUAGCGUUGAAACACUGUCCGCUCAUCGAGCGACUCGCGCAAGGAACUGCGUUUUAUAAGCUCGAUAAUGUCAAUGUCACCAAGACAUCAUUGACCGGCACGAGACCGGGUGCUCGUCUCAAAGACGGUCUUCAGGAAAUCGGUUUACAACCGAUGCAGCUCGAAACGUAUAACGUGAAUUUUAUACAAUGAUGCUAAGUUUGACGAUCGAUCAUCGAUCUUGCGUUGAUUGGUUAAUGAAAUUCCAAUUAUAAUCGCAAUCUGCCCUUUCCGAACGACACACUGCCGUAUUAAUCGUACUAAAUACUACCUCUUUAAACUCUUUGUGUAAUGUGCGACGUUGUUGGCGAUAAAGAUGAAAAUCCAUGGAAUACGAAAGCGCAGGUAAUUAUAAAAAUUUCUUGUGUGAAAUGGCAUGAAAAAGAAUAAUAUUAAUUGUUCGAGACAACUGAAGUAAAUGAUUGUCACUUUACGGAUUAAUUAAAAUGUAUUUUUUUAGCAUUAUUAUGUUAAAAAAAUUUUCAUUUUAUUAAGGAAAAUUUUGUGUGAUUGGUUUGUAUUGAUGCUAAUCUUGACAAUGUAUUUUAAAAAUCAA